GGCGAAGCACAACUACCGUUGAAUGCAGACAAACCCCGUGAACAGUCUAUCCUUAUAGCGUAUACACCAGUAAAUCUCAGCAUUGGCAAGUGACUUUAGGACUUCCGUCUCAUUACACAAACAGACGCUACCUGCUUCUUUUAACCAACAGCCGCUGUUUAGCCACCCAGCUACUUCCUAACGUCUACGAUUCAGCCUGAAAACCAAAUAUAACUCCGUUUGUGCCUUUUUUUGUAAACUACCAUGGAAUCAACAUCUAACAACUACGAGCGGAACUGUGUUCUGUGUUGUCAGGAGCUCGACAUCUUCGCCCUGGGAAAAUGCGACCACCCGGUGUGCUACCGCUGCUCGACCAAAAUGAGGGUGCUGUGCAACCAGAAGUACUGCGCCGUCUGCCGGGAGGAGCUCGACAAGGUGCUGUUUGUGCAGAAGUUGGUGGCCUUCUCCUCUCUGCCCCUCCAGACGCUGCAGGUGGAGAGGAAACAUGACAUCUACUUUACAGACUCCAAGAUAUACGCUCAGUUCAGGACACUGCUGCUGUCUGAGUGUCCUGUGUGUCCAGAGUCUAAAGUCUUCUCAAAGUUUGAGGAGUUGGAGCAGCACAUGAGGAAACAACAUGAACUCUUCUGUUGUAAACUCUGUACCAAACACCUGCAGAUCUUCUCCCAUGAGAGGAAGUGGUAUAACAGGAAGGAUCUGGCACGUCACCGUACCAACGGUGACCCCGAUGACACGUCUCACCGCGGACACCCGCUCUGCAAGUUCUGCGACGACCGUUACCUUGACAACGACGAGCUGCUGAAACAUCUCCGUAGAGACCAUUACUUCUGUCACUUCUGUGAUGCUGACGGAGCUCAGGAGUACUACAGUGACUACCAAUACCUGAGCGAACACUUCCGGGAGGCCCACUACCUGUGUGAGGAGGGGCGCUGUGCUACGGAGCAGUUCACCCACGCCUUCAGGAGCCAGAUCGACUACAAGGCCCACAAGGCCUCGGCACACAGCAAGAACCGGGCCGAAGCACGACAGAACCGACACAUAGACCUGCAGUUCAGCUUUGCCCCGCGCCAGACCCGACGCAACGAUGGAGGCAUGGUAUCUGGAGAGGACUAUGAGGAGGCGAGGUCGGGUCGGGGGGGGAGAGGACGGAGCCAAGGAAGCCAACAGAACACCAGAGGUAGCUGGAGAUACAACCGGUCAGUAUGA